AUGCCCCGAAAACCAACUCCCCCGGGGAAGCAGAGGGUGCGGACAGGCUGUCUCACAUGUCGGAAGCGACGACGCAAAUGCGAUGAGCAGAAGCCGCGCUGUGCUAAUUGCGAGGUUAAGGGUUUUCCUUGCAAAUACGGCAGGGAUGUGGCAUUUGUGCCACCCCGAUCAACGACUGCAGGAGUCACUACGGGGCAGGUCUAUGGGUCUAUCACUUUUGUGGAUGAUUCUCCCUCGACAAACGCAGCAACGAAAGGGAGUACUCAGCAACAUGACGGUGAUCAUUCAAGGCGGCAGUCUCUUGCCUCGACUGCAGAGCCUGUCAUCGGACAUGUCGAAGGCACUAGGACUGCCGCGCAUGCGGCCACCCAGCGGCAUGUGCCCGAGACUCGCACAAUGCUGAAUCUUCAUGACAUGCUCACGCCCGAUGUGCCUCUUGAGCCGCAUCGAAGUGUAACAAAUCAUCAAUCUGCGCCGCCCACAGAAUCGCCGUCUUCGCAUGGCAACCGCGGCUCACUUGGUCAUGCUUCCCAAAUGCCUCUGAGGGCACCAUUGACACAGAGAGCCACAACCUUAUCUGUCACCAAUCAUGAAACAGACCUGCUGCGACACUUUCGAUAUCAAAUCUGUCCUUGGCUCGACGUCGGUGACCCCGAGGGCGCUCUGGGAAUCCAGGCUUUGCUACUGUCUCGUACAAAUCGCCCUCUACAAGCGGCGGUCCUCGCCCUGUCAUCGAAUCAGCGUGUCCUCACUGCAAUGCCAACGCAAAUUGAAGACCACGACAAUUCCGUGCGAUUUCGGUCCGAGGCUGAAGAAACGCUUGCCUUUGAGCCAGAGUUGGCCAGGUCGGCUGGACGGACUUUGUUACUUUUUCAGGACCUUCUUCAGUAUGGCAUACAGCAAUGGAGAGAUCUACUCGCAGCCCAAUUCGAGAAUUUCAGUUUCUCGUUGCAUCCUAUUGUUAUGCAAGACGAGCUGGGCGAAGCAAUCUUUUGGUUCCAAUUCCGCCUUGACCUGGCAGUCUCAGUAUUGACUGCAAAGAGGCCACUCAUGCAGUUCCGCUCAUACAUCAAUCGGGAUGGGUCCCCGAUCCAAACACCACAGCAUGCCAUUCAAUCACCCUCCAUCAGCCAAGUUUACAAGCACUCCUUAUCUCUCCUCGGACAUUGCCUCUCUCUCAUCUACGGCGGUCCAGACCCCUCGCACCCUCAAAGUGCCGCUCCCUCUGAGCUCUAUGCAUUCUCCUCAUUACCGCAGUCUCGCUUCCUGUCUCAAUGGACCUUCCUCUGGUCCGAUUGUCAGAGAUGGUAUAAUGAGCGACCCGUGGAUGCACAGCAAAUAGUCGAUGUGCGAGGUGGUGAGGCUGACAAGAUCGAUCCCAGCCGCGAUUCCGCAUUGCCAAUCUUGAUCUAUACGACACCUUUGGCGCUGGUCGCUAAUGUCGUCUACCAUAUUACCUCAUUACUUCUUUUGGGAUACAAGCCUCGGCUUCUGAAGGCCCUGCCGGGGCCGCGAUGCUUUACGUCGCAUAUCUGGCACGCUCAGUCUAUUGCUGGCAUCGCUGUCAGCAACGAGUCCUCAGAGCAAUGGGACCCAAUCCUCAUUGCGAGUCUUUUGCUUGUGGCUCGAGAUAUGACCCAUCAAUCACAACAAGAAGUGUUGAUGGAAACAUUUCGUCGAAUCACCGCAAGUACGGGAAUAAACUUGAACCACGAGAUUGAAGCACUCCAGGCAGGCUGGAAAAUCGCGCGAUUUGAUGAGGAUACGGAUGAGAUGGACGGCUAA